UAAGAGUGAAUUUUUGAAAUUCUCUCCUAUUGAGUAAAUUUAUCAAUUGUCAAUUAUACUCUGAAGUUUAUAGUUUUACAUUAUUAUAAUGUUUAUAAAGUUGUAGUAAAUUUUUUAGAAAUAAAAAAAAAAAAUGUUUUCGUUAAAAACGUUAAAUCACUUAAUAACUGUCGUUUUAAUAUUCUUACAAGUUGCAUUUAUGAAUGCAUUUAUAAGUGAUUUUAUCAAUGAAAGAAGUAAUCAUAUAGCAUGGUGUACAAUAAAUACUCAAGAACAAUCAAAAUGCUUAAAUUUAUCUGCAGCAGUAAACAGGGAUAAACAAAUGUUCUACUCUAGAGAUUUUAUGGAGCUUGUUUGUAAGCAGGGCAGUAAUAAAGAAGACUGUAUGGUGAUGUUAGAUAAUGGUGUUGCUGACAUUUUAAGCUUAGAUGCUGGAGAAGUGUUUGUCGGUGGUCGAUAUCACAGUCUAAUACCGUUAAUGCAACAGCUUUAUGAAGAUGGGGGAGAUCAGUAUUAUGCAGUGGCUUUAAUAAAAAGAAAUACAUUGAAAGAUGUUUAUAACCUUGGCCAUUUAAAAGACAAGAAAGCUUGUUUUGCAGGAGUUGGCACUCAAGCUGGAUGGAAUAUACCUAUUAACACUCUUAUAUCCAAAGGCUUUAUGAAAAUAAUUGAUUGUAAUAAUCAUGUUAAAACUGCUAUAGAUUUCUUUGGUCCAAGUUGUGCAAUAAAUUCACUACUAGACAAAUACAAUCCUAUGGGAGACAACUCUGACCGUCUAUGUAUUCUUUGUGCUAGUAAAAUUUCUGGUCAAAAAUGUACAUGGAGUGAUCCUUAUGCUGGAGAUGAAGGAGCAUUUAGGUGUUUAAUAGAGUCAGGUGAUAUUGCUUUUCUACGCCACAGUACAGUAUUAGAAAUGGUGAAAGACGAAUCUUUAUUUUUCCAAACAAGAGAAGAAAAUUUAGAGCUAUUAUGCUUGGAUGGCUCUAGACGAUCUAUACAAGACUAUGAACAAUGUAAUUGGGGACCUGCUCCCACUGAUGCUAUUGUUACAACAUCAGCAAAAUCAUCUUCUCAGAGAAUUUUGUAUCAAAAGUGGUUACAGAAAGUUGUUGAAUUGUAUGGAAAGUCAAUAACACCUCAAACAUUAGCAUUAACUACUGUUGCUCCUUGGAAUAUUGCUUUUUCUUCUUCAUUUCAACCGAACACUAAUUUUAAUAAUAAAACAUUUUAUUUAUUUGAUUCUUCCCGAUAUGAUCAUCAUCAUAAUCUAAUGCUACAGGAUUCAUCUAGAGGACUGAGAGCUUUUGAAGAAUCACAACAAACUUAUUCAAAAUAUUUAGGAAGAUCUUUAGACGUCAUUCUUGGUGUUCGGUACUGCCCUGCUACUAGAAUGACCUUAUGUGUCACUUCUGAGCCUGAAAUGGAAAAAUGUAUUAAAAUGAAGAUGGCUUUAAAAGUUCAACUUUUAGUACCAGAAAUGCAAUGUUAUAGAGGCUAUAGUCAAGUACAUUGUAUGCAAGCUAUUAGAAAUGGAAAUGCUGAUGUUGCUGUUAUGGAUGCUGGUGAUGUAUAUGAAGCUGGAUUAAAUUAUGAUGAAAUUCCAUUUAUUACUGAAAUGUAUGAUCUACCAGAACCAGAAUAUUACGUUGUGGCUGUAGCAAAAGAAGAGGAUCCCAGUACUGAAUUAACUUACUUGAAAGGUAAAACGACUUGUCACCCUGGUAUCUAUUCAGGAGGUGGAUGGAUAAUACCUAUGGCCUUCAUACUGAGUAAUGGUUGGAUGAGAAGUUAUGGAUGUAAUUCCAUGCAAGCUGCUUCUGAAUAUUUCAGUAAAUCUUGUGUGCCAGGUGCAUUAAGUUAUGAGUAUAAUUCUGGUCAGUCAUAUGACAAUCUUUGUCAUUUAUGUAGGGGUUCUAGUUAUCGUUAUUGUAGAAGAGAUGCUACUGAAGACUUUUAUGGAUAUACUGGUGCCUUAAGAUGUUUAGUUGAAGGUGGUGGAAAUGUAGCUUUUGUUAAACAUACUACUGUGUACGAAAAUGCUGAUGGUAAACGUCAACAAUGGUGGGCUAGAAACACAUUAAGUCUUGACUUUGAACUUCUGUGUCCAGAUGGUACCAGAACUACAAUUGAUAAUUAUAAAAGAUGUAAUAUGGGUAAAGUCAAAGCUAAUGCCAUUAUUACUCGUGGAGGUGAAGCAUAUAACCAUACAGAAGUAAUGGCUUAUAUUAAUCUUUUCAUGGCUGCUCAACAACUUUAUGGUAGAAAGACUAAUGAUGAGUUUACUUUCAGUAUGUUUACUUCACCUGAACCAUACAGUGAUUUAAUUUUUCAAGAUGCCACACAGCAACUAGCUGCUAUUGACAGUUCAAAAAGGUAUUAUUCAACGUGGUUAGGAGAAAACUUUUUGCGAGCAAAAAGAAUAGUUGAUUGUCGAGCAUCAGGCACUGCUAUUAAUCCUUUAAGCUUAUUUACCAUACUAAUAUCAAUUCUAUAUAUUCAUUUGUUCAUACAAUAAAGUAAUUAUGAUUAAAAAUUAAGAUCUGACUGUCUAAAUAAGAAUAUAAUUAGAAAAUAUGGCUGCUUGUAAAUUGAAAAAAAUUUUAUAUAUAAUAAUAUUCUUACUUUUAUAUUGUUACAAUAUUUAAAAUAACUAUUUAUGUAGUAUAAUUUUAUUGUGAUCCUCAAUAGUCACUAUCUCCGUCCAUUUUUUUUUAAUAUUAUAGGAUUAUUUUAUAACAAACAUUUUAUGACUAU